GGGAAACGGAGCGGAGGCAGCAAGAGGCAAGUGAUCUUGUUUAUUCUGUGCGUUUGCAUGUGUCGGAGCGGGGCCGAAACCCUCCGCUAUUCUCUGGCGGAGGAAAUGGAGAGGGACUCCUUUGUCGCCAAUAUUGCAAACGACCUGGGGGUUGCUCCGAGCCAGCUCGCAGCUCGCAAGGCCCGCGUUGUGUCCGAGGGGAACGAGCAGCUUUUCCGCCUCAAUCAAAACACCGGAGUCCUGACGGUAAAGGAGUCGCUGGACCGAGAGGAGAUCUGUCCGCAGAGCGAUACCUGCACACUCUUCUUUAAGAUAUUCUUUGAAAAUCCGUUGCAGCUGAUCCGAGGGGAGGUGGAGGUUCGUGACGUGAACGACAACUCCCCCGUGUUCCCAGAGAAGGAGAUGGUUUUAGAGAUUCUGGAAACGACACCUCCCGGGUCCCGUUUUCCUCUGGAAAGCGCCCAGGACAAGGACGUGGGCAGCAACGGCUUGCAGAACUACAGCCUCGGGUCCAAUUCGCAUUUCUCCCUGGCUCUCGGAACAGGGAAAGAUGGAGUAAAAUACGCGGAGCUCGUCCUAGAGCGGCAGCUGGACCGUGAAGAGCAGCGAGAGCUGAAUUUACUCCUCACCGCCACCGACGGCGGCUCGCCACCGAGGUCGGGCACGGCUCAGGUCCGGAUCGUGGUGCUGGAUGCCAAUGACAACAUCCCAGUCUUCCGUCACGAGGUCUACGAGGUGCGCCUGGCCGAGAACAGCCCCCCGGAGCAGCUGGUGGUCAGAGUCGCAGCCGCCGAUCCCGACGAAGGCUCCAACGGGAAAGUGCGGUACGCCUUCACCCAGACACCGGAGCGGUCCCGGCAGCUCUUCGAGCUGAACCCUGUCACGGGGGAGAUACGGGUCGCGGGCAACCUGGACUUCGAGGAAGCGGAAAACCACAAGAUGGUGGUGAGAGCCACCGACGGCGGGGGGCUGUCUGCGCAUUGCAAAGUGCAGGUGGAGGUCCUGGACGUGAACGACAACUCCCCGGAGAUAGCGCUCACCUCCCUCACCGCCUCCAUUCCCGAGGACGCCCCGCCCCGGACCGUGGUGGCCCUAUUCAGUGUGCGGGACCGGGACUCCGGGGACAACGGCAGAACGGAGUGCUCGAUUGACGGGGACUUGCCCUUCAGUCUCACCCCCACUUUUGAUAAUUACUACGAACUGAGAACAAACGCUGCUCUGGACAGGGAGAGGACGGCGGAGUAUAAUAUCACCAUCACAGCCAUGGACUGGGGCACUACGCGGUUGAGCUCUCGGGAAAUCAUCUUCGUGCAGAUAUCGGACGUGAACGACAAUCCCCCAGAGUUCACCCAGGAGAUUUACACCAUGUCGGUCACGGAGAACAACAGCCCCAUGCUACGGAUCGGCAGCGUGAACGCCACUGACGCCGACGCGGGAAAAAACGCUCGCGUAAACUACGCGCUGGUGCGGCAGGAGGGCAAGGAACAGCCCGACGUGUCGGUCAGCUCUGAAAACGGGGACGUUUACAUGCUACGCCCGCUGGACUACGAGAAGGUGCGCGCCUUCGAGGUGACGGUGCGCGCCGUCGACGGCGGCUCGCCGCCGCUCAGCUCCCAAGCAGUGCUGCGCGUGGUGGUGCGGGACGAGAACGACAACGCGCCCGUGGUGCUGCACCCGCCCCCCGACAGCAGCGCGGCGGCGGGCGAGCUGGUGCCGCGCUGGGCGCGGGAGGGCUACCUGGUGGCCAAGGUGGUGGCGGUGGACGCGGACGCGGGGCAGAACGCGUGGCUGUCGUACGAGCUGGCCAAAGCGACGGAGCCGGGGCUGUUCCGCGUGGGACUGCACAGCGGCGAGGUGCGCACGGCGCGGGCCGUGGCGGAGAGGGACGCGCCCCGGCAGAGGCUUGUCGUGCUGGUGCGAGACCGCGGGCAGCCGCCGCGCUCCGCCACCGCCACCCUCGGCAUCGCCCUGGUGCACGGCUUCUCCGACGACCACUUGCGGGUGAGCGAGGAGGCGCCGGCCGCCGAGCCCGACGGGCCGCUGACCCUGUACCUCAUCGUCUGCCUGGCCUGCGUCUCGGCGCUGUUCCUGGCCACCACGGUGGCCGCCGUGGUGGUGAAGGUGCGACGGGCCAGGCGGAGCAAGGCGGAGCCCUUGCCCACGUUCCCGAAGGCUGCCACGGAGAGCAACGCGGGCUCCCUGCCCCGCAGCUACGUGUACGACGUCUGCUUCGCCGCCGGGACCGUCAACAGCGAGUUUCGGUUCCUCAGGCCCCUCUUCCCCUGCUUCCCCGCCGGACUGCCCCCCGGCCCGGGCGAACAGCGGAGCUCGGUGUGCUCACAAGAGGCGGCCAACCUCGGGGACGAAGGCGACUGGGCUGCACAGGGCAGAGCUCCCCUCUCUGAAGACACCGGUCCCAGACCUGCAGAAGCAGCUUGUGCUGCGACCAGGGGGAUGGAGCUAAAUGUCAAUUCUGAUCAAAACCCAUGGCUCACCCAUCAGUAA